CUCAGCGACGCCAGAUCGCGCAACCACGAGUAUUGACGCGCGCAUGCUGGAGUCAGAUAAGCUCUACGCCACCAACAGUGUUUGUGUUGGUCGCGCGUUUUGUUCCUGUUCCUCGAUGCCGCGCGUUCGGUGAGCGAAGCGCGGUGCGGGUGCUAAACUCGUUCUGAGGCGGGAAGGAGCAUGGCACGACUGCCGUGAGUAAACAUGACGAUAGCAGGGGUGGUCAUGACGCUGUGGGAUGUGGUGGUGCUCCAGAGAGAGCCAUAAAGAGGAUGGCGCUGAGGCAUAUCCUCCCAUCCGACCGCUCACUCGACUCUACAACGACCUCAAGCUUCGUCCACCCGACUGUGACUCGAUCAAGACACUCGACCCCGCCGCAAUACCAGCAUGCUCCUCUCCAAUCUCGCGCUUCUCUCACUUGUUCCCGCUGCCUUCGCUGACUGGGGCAACCUCUGCUCGAGCGAUCGCAAGGCCAAGGUCCUCAUCGGCAACGGGCAGGCUGGCGUGAGCGGCGAGCUCAUCUUCUUUCAGCGCGCAUGGUCUGACGUCGUGACUCUGACCGGCCAAAUCUCGGGAGCUACACCCGGCCUGCACGGCAUGCACGUACACCAGUUCGGCGACCUGAGCCAGGGAUGCAACUCGACGGGGGUGCACUGGAACCCGCUGAACCGGAACCACGGCGCACCCGAAGACCGCAACCGUCACAUGGGCGACAUGGGCAACUUUGAGGCCGGAGCCGACGGGGUUAUCAACGUGAAUCACGUUGACCGCCGCAUGAGCCUGUGCGGCCGCUACUCCAUUAUGGGGCGGGCCAUCAACAUUCAUGUGGGCACCGACGACCUCGGACGUGGUGGGCAUGAGCUGUCUCUCCAGACCGGCAACGCCGGUGGGCGCCUGGCUUGCGGCGUCAUCGGUGCGGUCGACCCGGCUACGUAGGCACUGUACAGUAUAAUGAGAG